CAAUCCUUUUCUCCUCUGUUUUUUUUUUAAUUUUUUAAUUUGUGUUUUUUUUUUUCAAACUGAUUUUUUUUUUUUUUGGUCCGAAAAACAUGUCAUUCUAAAAAUCUUCAGUACUUGUCUUCAAUGGCGAAAACCAAAGCUCCAAGACGAACCCUAGACUCGUACUCAGUCAAGCAUAUCAAUCGAACUGUUAAACCUGGGGAUUGUGUUCUUAUGCGUCCUUCUGAUACUGGAAAGCCUUCGUACGUGGCUAGAAUUGAGCGGAUCGAAGCGGACAGCCGUGGAGCCAACGUGAAGGUUCAUGUUCGGUGGUAUUACCGACCGGAGGAAUCAAUUGGUGGCCGCCGUCAAUUUCAUGGUUCUAAAGAGGUUUUUCUUUCUGAUCAUCAUGAUGUUCAGAGUGCGGAUACUAUUGAAGGAAAGUGUACUGUUCAUAGUUUUAAGAGUUAUACUAAGCUAGACGCAGUGGGAAACGACGAUUUCUUCUGUCGUUUUGAGUAUAAUUCUGCCACUGGUGCUUUUAAUCCAGACCGAGUUGCAGUGUAUUGCAAGUGUGAGAUGCCUUACAAUCCGGAUGACUUAAUGGUUCAGUGUGAAGGCUGCAGUGACUGGUUUCAUCCUGCUUGUAUAGAAAUGACUCCAGAGGAAGCCAAACGACUCGAUCACUUCUUCUGCGAAAGCUGUUCCUCAGAGAGUCAAAAGAAGUUGCAGAAUUCCCAUAAUGCUUCAAGAAUUUCAGAUACAAAGGUCGACACAAAACGGCGUCGGAGGUGAUAUGAAGUGGGAAUGCAACCAAGUUAUGUAGAAUCGCUACGGUGGUGGAAGUGAUAGUGGUGGUGGUGGUGGUUGUGCCUCUGUCUAAUUCCGUGGGUAGAAUUAACUCAAGAAAAAACAGGCGUCACACACGCCGCCACAGUAUCUGAAAACCUUUUUAUGGGUGUUUUUGCCUGAAUUGUUGAAAUGUUAGGUUGUUUAGGUGGUGGUGAUGAUGAUGAUCAUGGAGGAUGUAUUUGGUUUCUCCUGAAUUAUAUAUCUAUAUAAAUAUGUGUAUGAAUGUAAAUACUCUUAGAAGUUGUGAAUACUGAGUAGUAAAAAUUACUUGUUAUGAUUAGUAAUAGAAACAGAGUUUUUUCACAA